UUCGAGUACAUGAUCCUGGCCACCAUUAUUGCUAACUGCAUCGUCCUGGCUCUGGAGCAGCACCUCCCUGAUGACGACAAGACACCCAUGUCUGAGCGGCUGGAUGAUACGGAACCGUACUUCAUUGGAAUCUUCUGUUUUGAGGCUGGAAUUAAGAUCGUGGCUCUCGGCUUUGCCUUCCACAAAGGCUCCUACCUGCGGAACGGCUGGAACGUCAUGGACUUUGUUGUGGUGCUAACAGGGUAGGUAACUGCGUCGUAUUCUUUAGCGUGGUU